AUGCAUCGAAUUCCAAUCGUGUUAAUUUUCUGUACCUCACUUUUUCUCAGAUUGCUCCCAGGAUUAGUUAGAGCUGCAAUUGUUACACUUGAUUCGAUUGAAAUAUAUAAGAAACAUGAAAUCUUCGGAUCAAAACCAACAGUAUUUUUUCGGUGUAAGGGGGAAAACUGGACAAUUCUGCCAGAUGUGAAGAAAAAACAUGUUUUGUAUAGCUUCAAGGGCGAAGAGUCUUGGCAGCCUUUGACAGAGCUGACAGAUAAAAAAUGCAAACGAUGCGGGAUCUAUGAGAAGGACACAAUAAAGCCUGAUGAUACGUUUGAUGAGUGGGAGUUAUGUCCUUCUGAUUUCACUAGUCCUCAUGGGAAGUAUAUUCAUUACAUAAAGAAAGAGUUCAAAGCCACAUUUUUGUGUCCAGAGUGUAUCCACCAUCGCGAUGCUUCACAUCACUCAUCUGGCUCACAAAAAGGCGGAAAGAGAUCAAUGCACUGGGCUUUCAUGCUUCUCAUCGGUGCUUCAGUGUUGAUUGUUUUAGUUCUUGGAGCAGGUAUUACCUACAAAUGUUGGAAGCAAAAAAAGAGGCAGAACGAGCAAGCUCGUUUCUUGAAGCUGUUUGAAGAGGACGAUGACAUAGAUGACGAACUAGGCAUUGGGCCACUUAGUCAUGUUAUUUAG